CCUGCUCUCUCGUUAGGGCUUCUCUCUCUUCUCCGGUAAGAGUUCUUCCCUACCCCAUUGGUGAUAACUAACCCAAAUCCCUCCCCUCCCCAGAACCCUAAAUCUUCCCAACCUGUUUUACCCUAACAUCACACCCCCACUUCUUCCCAUUACCCACAAAGAAAUCUAGAAACCUAGAAACACACAUUCCCUUCUAAAGGAUCUGAUGCCCACUAACCGAUGGAUGACCAGCAAGGAAGAGUCUUUGGAGGUCAAAUUUGGGCCCUCUAGCGACUGUUCUCUCUCCAUGUCUGUUGGGCAAAUUCGCAACUCAGCCUUGCAUAAUGACUCACCGGUCCCCUCCGCAAUAGCUCUGUAACUUGCCUACAACACAAACAAGGUCUGGUUCUUGGUGUUCGCUGUUGAUGCUGCUCCUCUCCUGUUCUUGGUGUUCGCUGAAUCACAGGAAGGCAUGAUGAUUUCGUGGUGUGUAAGAAUUUGGGAAAGGUUCUUACACUUUGAUGUCUGGUUGACUGUUGUGUGUUCGCUGUUGAUACUGCUUCUCUCCUGGUGGUAAUUUGUCCAUGGUGCGACGCUCCUAUAAAGUAACAAUGGAGAAAAUCAACGAUGAAGAAACUCGAAUGGCUGCCCUUUGUAAGAGCCUAGGUUCAUUAUGGUCAGAUUCAGAUAUUGCUAUUAUGAAAGGGGUAGUUUCCCCAGAAAAAUUGAAAGAAUGUAAUCUGACCAUUUUUGGGAAAAUCUUUAAUAAUCCGAGCAUCAGUUUUCAAGCCUUCCAAAAUACAAUGCGAAGGUCAUGGAGGUCCGAUUCUGUCACUUUCCAAGAGCUGGAUGCUGGUAUGUUUGCUGUAAUGUUCAAAUCCGAAAUAGAGAAGAAAAGAGUGCUUGAUAAUGGUCCGUGGUCCUUUGCGAAUCAUCUUUUAAUUCUCAAACCCUGGGAACCGAAUAUGCUAACACAUGAAUAUGAGUUUAACUUCUACUCGUUCUGGGUACAAAUCCAUGGGUUCCCGUAUGAAUGGCUAUCUGAAGAAGCAGUGAAUGAAGCAGCAAAAUUUAGCGGCCAAGUCUCGGAGGUUCGAGUAUUCUCUAAAGGUCCUGGUUCCCAAAAUACAAGGAAAGCGAGAGUAACUCUGAACUUAUCUAAGCCUCUAAAGUCUGGAAUUCUUACUGAUAAUGGAGAUAGGAAAUUUUGGUUAGAUUUCAGGUAUGAGAGGCUUCCCCACUGCUGUUAUGCUUGUGGAAGGAUAGGACACUUUGCCAAAUUUUGUCAAGAAGUAUCCUUUGAUGAGGGAAAGAUGGAUGAAUGUCGCUUUGGGAGCUGGCUAAGAGCUGAAGAGAAAGAAUGGAGUCCACAUUGGAAGAUAUUUAACGGGGAAUUGGAGGAAGAGAGAAUGACAGAAGAUUUUAUCCCUGAAACUCGAGUUUGCUCUACUCUACCGGUGCCUUCUAACAAGGGUACUAGCAAGUUGGAAACUCAGGAUAAUACCCAAAAAUAGAGCAAAGGAAAAGGUGUAUUUAUAGGGGAAGGUAGUUCUCUAAACC